GCGCAGGCGCCGUUCAGCGCUGGCGGGGGUGGGUGAGCGGCCAAGAUGCCGACGUCCAAGUACGAACCCGCGCCCCUGGCCACUCUGCCCAGCACCCUCGACCCGGCCGAGUACGACAUCACGCCCGGGAAACGGAGGGCGCAGGCCGAGCGCUUGGCCAUCAGAGCCCGGCUGAAGCGGGAAUAUCUGCUUCAGUUGAACGACCCCGGCCGCCGAGGGCAAAUCGAAGAUCCUGCCGUGACUCGUUGGACCUAUGCAAGAACAGCAAACGUCUACCCCAAUUUCAGGCCUACUCCCAAGAACUCGCUCUUAGGAGCACUGUGGGGAUUUGGGCCCCUCAUCUUCUGGUACUAUGUUUUCAAAACUGACAGGGAAAGAAAUGAAAAACUUAUCCGAGAAGGAAAACUGGAUCGAAAACUUAGCCUCUCAUAUUAAGUUUGGCAAGGAUGGCUUAAAUAAAUCUUUUAAUCAUUA